AUGGACGCAGUUUUACCAACUGAAACGGAUAAAAUUGCUAUUGAUAGGCUUCUCACAUGCGGUCUUCCACGAACAUUAGCCAGACACGCUAUUAUCGUUUUACAUUGUUUUAGAACCUUUAGUAAAGAGGAUGUUCCUAUAGAUGUUCUUGUCGGUGGAUGUGUAUUAUAUUCGCUUAAGCAGCGUCAGUGUCCAAGUGCUACUAAAGUUAUUAAAAAAUGUUUGGAACGGGUUAAAGAAAGUGAUAUUGUUGGUUUUGAACUUUUAUUGGUUCAAAUUGUCCGAGAAAAUAUAUUGUUAGUUGAAGCAUGCUUACGUUGCGUAUUUCAAGAAAUAUUGUUAAUAAAUCCUUCUCUUGGGUUUAACCGUGAAAGAACGAUACAGAUUUGUUUGCAUCUCAUAUGUAAUCUAUACGAAACAAGAUGGUGUCUUUUCCCUGAAAGUGCGGCGAGAGGGGCUCUUAUUGUGGCGUGUGAGAAAUGUAAAGCAGGUCCUUUGAAAUUAUCCAAAUCUUUUGAGGAGCCAAUGGUUACACGGAUUGCGGAUUAUCUCCGAAAAACAUUUGUAUAA